CAGUGAUGAGUGGUUUGCCCGCGGCAACACCGGCACCCCCCCCCGCUGGUCCUCCCUCUCUCCUCGCCCCACUCCUCAGGAAGUUCGUACCUCCCCUCUUUUUCAGCCCGUCUCCUCCCCCUUGGCCCACCAGGCCGUCUCUCAGCAUCAGCAGCAGCAGCAGACUCCGCAGCAGAUCCUGCCGCAGCCGUUUCAGCAGCAGCAGCAGCAGUUCCAGCAGCAGCAGCAGCAGGGGCAGCAGCACCUCUUCUCCCAGUUGCAGCAGCAGCUCCAGCAGCUCCAGCAGCAGCUUGACCUCCAGUCACAGCUCCCCCUUGCACCUCCUCCUAUGGCUCCCCCCCAGCAGCCCUACCCCGCUUGGACCGCCGGCACCGCCGCUUCCGCAGCUCACCUCUCGGGCGCGUCUCCCGCGCCCUCAGCCACAGGCAGUGUGACUCCUUUCCCCUCCUCUGGUUUUGUUGGCAUGGUUAGCCAGGCUGGAACCCCCGCCCCUUCUAUGUAUUCGGCUGCUAUUAAUGAGAAUAAUGGUGUGGCCGAGAGCCGUGUUCGGGAGAUCACCAAGAUUGCUCGGUGCCUCCUCGUCCAUGCCUCUUGCCCCCCUUCUCUGUGGGGCUAUGCCCUCCUUCACGCCACCCUCCUUACUAACCUGUACCCCCACCCUAUCCUUCCCUCCACCACUCCCACCGAGCUCUGGACGUCGGCCAAGCCUGACGUCUCCUCCCUCCGUGUGUGGGGCUCCAGGGCGUAUGUCCUCAUUCACCCUGCGGACCGCCCCCGCACCAUGGGAAAGCUCGCCUCCCGUACUCUCCCCUGCAUCUUCCUUGGUCAUAAUCCCUCCUCCCCGGACUACCUCUUCCUUCACCCCCCCUCAGUCCUAGGUGCCCCGCCUCCUGUUAUCCUCUCUUCCUCUCCCUUGCCUCCUCUCUCCCCUCUCAUGGACCUCCUUUUUCAGACAGUCUUACAACAAAACACUAGCCCAACCCUGCCGUCGAGCUCCAGUACAGCAGCCCCACCAGCAGCAGCAACAGCUGCAGCAGCAGUUCCACCCACCGCAGCAGCACCAGCAGCAGCAGCCGUCGCUCCUUCCUCGCCUUCACCCGCAGCAGCAGCAGUGGCGGCAGCAGAUGCAGCAGUAGCAGCCGCCUCAGCAGCAGCAGCAGCAGAUGCAUCCUCAGCAGCAGCAGCAGCAGCAGCGGCAGCAUCAGCAGCUGCACGCUACGCUGUCGACUUCUUCGACACCUUCUCUCCCACCGCCAAGCCCGCUACCAUUCGCGCAGUCCUCGACCUCGCCGCUCGCCUCAACAUGGAGAUUCACUCCAUGGAUGUCUCCAACGCAUUCCUCCAAGGGGUCUUGCGCGAGCUCAUUUACAUGGAGCGUCCUGCCGGCUUCCAUCUCCCCUUUCCGUCCGACUCUGUCUGGCAGCUGCGUCGGCCGGUCUAUGGGCUCAAGCAGGCACCAAGGGAGUGGCAUGCCAAGCUUGCUGCCACCCUCGCCGAGCUUGGCUUCAGCACCUCCCGUGCCGACCCCAGCCUCUUCCUCCGCACCUCCCCCUCCCCCUUCUACAUCCUCGUCUAUGUCGACGAUAUGAUCCUCAUCACUGCCGACUCCGCCGAGCUCGAGCGCGUCAAGCGUGAGCUUGGCAGCCGGCUCAAGUGUAAGGAUCUAGGGGAGCUGCAGCACUAUCUCGGCAUGGAGAUUACCCGCGACCGUGCUGCUCGCACCAUCUCCCUCUCCCAAGGCCACUACCUGCAGCAGGUCUUGGAGCGGUUCGACAUGGCUCGAGGCACCCCUCAGGUCACCCCUCUUCCUGUUGGGCACCACCUCACUCCCCUCACCUCCCCCUCCUCCUCCUCCCACCCCUACGCUGAGCUCAUCGGCUCUCUCAUGCUGAGGACCCCGAAGGGGAAGAGGGCGGGGAGGCGUGUACCGUCGAUUGGGACACGUUCGGGAACAUUGGGGGGAAGAAGAAGAGUGGCACCAAGGCCCGAGGUAAGAAGAGGCCAAAGAAGGGCAACGCUUCCCGAAAGCGGAAGGAGAACGUGGUCGAGGAGGAGGAAGAGGAGGAGGAGGAGGAGGAGGAGGAGGUUGCAGAGGGCGAUAGCGAUAGCAGCGACGAGCCUGUCAAGAGGGCCAAGGGGGGAUCCCCAUGGGAAUGCAGUGACGGCGAGAGUGGGGAGGAGGAGGAGGAGCAGGGGGAGGAGGAGGAUGAGGAGGAGCAGGGCUAGGCGGAUGAGGUCUAGGCAGAGAGGGACUAGGAGGAUGAGGCUGAGCAGCAGGAGGACACGGAGGAGGAGAGGGGGAGUAGGACGAGGACGACAUAUGGACGGGGGAGGACAUGGGGGGGAAGGACUAGGGGGGGUAGGACUGGGGGGGGAGGACUAGGGGGGGGGAGGACUAGGGGGAUGAC